UCUGACAGUAAUUUUUGUUCAAAAAAGGGAAUACCUACUUGAAAAAUAAAUAAUAAUAGAAAUAAUGAUUAAUUUACUGAAAUGACUGAGAUAAUUGAAUGGAAAAGUUUAUAGUGAGGACUAGAUGAGGAGAAGUCGUAUACACCUUCUAUGAACUAAUCAUUAUGCAGAUAUAACAUAUGACUACUAGAAGGAAGUCAAGGAAAGCAGUUCACUUGGAGCUAGGCUUCAAAAACAUGAAAAACAAUACCUAUUACGAGAGCUUCUAGUCUUGAAUGAAUGCCAAUCAAAUUUCAUGCUCAAUUAUCAUAAAAGACUGAUAUAAAAAGAAAACAUUCAGUUCCUGCUUUGAAAUAUGAGUGCAAAAGGCUGCUAUCAUUUACAAGUGUUCAAGGAAGAUAAUACAAAUUUAGAUUCCUUCAAAUGGAUUCAUGCAGUUUUUGUGGUAGCUGAUACGACCAGAAGUCGAGAAACUAAGAUUUGCAAUGCUUAUUGUCGGACAUGUCGGAAGAGAGGCCCUUUUUUACAUGCGUGUCUCGAAUGUGUUCAUUUCGGUUGUCACAAGCAUAUCCGUGAACACAUGAAGUACCAGAAGCAUACGAUUUCGUUAGACCUGGUGUAUGGCCAAAUACAUUGUUCUUGCUGUGAUGACUAUGUUUAUGAUGCAGAAAUUGAUGAAAUCACGAUGGAGAACAAAAUGCGAUCUGUGACAUUCAAAAAGAGGUUAUUCGAUUGGACAUCAUGGGAUGCUACAGAGGAUGAAAGAAACCAGUUGCAUCACGGAACGAAAAGGAUAUGCAUAACUCAAGAAUCUACCAUAGGUCUUCGCGGUUUGUCGAAUAUGGGUAAUACCUGUUAUAUGAAUUGCAUUGUCCAGGCGUUGAUGCACACACCUCUACUUAGGGAUUAUUUUUUGACGGAAAAUCAUAAGUGCAACGGAGUGCCUGGUACGUGUCUGGUAUGUGAGGUGUCUAAACUGUUUCAGGAGUUCUAUAGAGGAGCUAGAGUUCCAUUAGCUCUGGGCGAGUUGCUACAUUUAAUAUGGAUUCAUGCCAGACAUUUAGCAGGACAUAAACAGCAGGAUGCCCAUGAAUUUUUCAUAGCCACGCUCAAUAUCCUGCACAAACAUUGUUUAGAUACCAUGCCGAAACAUAAUUCUGUUAUAAAAACAGAAGAGAUGAAGUGCCCUUGCAUUAUCGAUAAAAUUUUCACUGGAAGACUUCAAAGUGAUCUGGUCUGUCAGAAGUGCAAUGGCGUUUCGACGAAAAUCGACCCGAUUUGGGACUUUUCCCUAGACUUGGGGCCGAUGACCUUGGGCGGCAGACAGCCAUUGUCCCUACAUGAGUGUCUGGAACGGUUCACCAGACCGGAACAUUUGGGCGACAAAGAUAUGAUAUUGUGCUCGAACUGCGAGUCCUAUCAGAAGACCACCAAACAGUUCACCAUGAAAACUCUGCCCAUAGUCGUUAGCAUCCAUUUGAAGAGGUUCCAGCACAUGGUGAAGGUAGAUAAAAUUUCGACGGCCAUAUCUUUUCCGGAAAUGCUGGAUAUGACGCCGUUCAUGAGCAGAAGCAAAAAAGAGUCUCCAUUCCCAUUAGACAACAGAUACUCUCUGUUUGCCGUUGUCAAUCAUGUAGGGACGUCCAUCGAUAGCGGACACUAUACGGCAUACGUCAGACAGCAGUGCGAUUACUGGUAUAAAUGCGACGAUCACGUCAUCACCAGAGCGAAUCUGAAAGAAGUUUUGGAAUCUGAAGGGUAUCUUCUUUUUUACCACAAGCAUUUACUGGGAUAUGAAUAAUGAAGGAUGCCUAUUGCACAAAUGGGUUAGGUUGAAAUAAAUUAAUUGAGAAAGCUUUGAUGAUUAUUGAAUUUAGUAAUUCUAUUGAUAUGUACGUUUUCAGUUUUCUGAAUGACAUUACUAUUUUUUUCUUAGGUCAUUGUUCAGAAAUGCGCCUACAUGUUGCCCAGAAAUUAUUUUUUUGCAUUUGGGUGGCAAAAAAGAGUAAGGUGUUGUGAUUUUUAUUUUAUUCUGAGCCAUUAUGAUUCUAUGAUGUAUGUGAUUAUGAAGUAUUGUAUUUAAUAAAAUGGACUUCCUUAGACUAUACAAUGAGGAAGCAAACUAUUUGGUUGUGU